CAGAAUCGCUACUGAUUCACUACUGAAUCAAAAUAUGGACGACAGCAGUAUGAUGCCAUGGAGUGAUGUAGCUGGCUGUAAAACAUGAAUUCGCUUUAAUAAAUAGUUUUCUCCGGAUUUAUCCGAACAGGAGCCAGGCUUUGCCAUGAGUCACCCUGAGAGUCUCAGCCCAUCUAUGAUGGCCUUGUCUGAAUUCAUGAUGCAAAGAAAACUUCUUGGAUUUGGCGUACUCCUGGCAUGGGUUGUCCUCUUCCAUUUGCUGAUCAAUGUUUGGCUCCUUUGCGUGUUCACAAGCCUCCUAGUAGUUAUGGGAGGGUGGCUCGGCUCUCAGGCUCUCCUCGAGUCUGAAAGCGUCAUCCACCUCGAGCGCUUCAUGACGCUGGAAGAGAUCCGUUCUUCCUCCGAGAGUGAAAUGCAGCUAGACCACGAGAUCCAAAACACGGUUUGUAAGAUCAUCCGAGAUUUUGUCUCUUCAUGGUAUAACACAGUUUCCACAGAACGGGAGUUUGAGGAUGAGAUCCACAACUCCAUGCUCUCGAUGGCGAUGGAGCUCAAGCGUCGUGCAAAGAAAGUCGACAGGAAAGCAUUAACUCUGAGGAUAUUAGAUCUCUGCGGAUGCCAUCUUCAGAGCUACUCUAAAGCUAAGGAAAUCAUGGCAGGAAAAGAGGACGAGGACCGAAAUGUGAAGGAUAACGAGAGUCUCUGGAAGGAAUACAGCACGCUUUGUGUUCCUCACCCAGCUCUUCAGAGUUCUGCCAUAGAAGUGAAUUAUGCACGUGCAAUAGUGGAUUUACUGUUACACGUACUUGUCCCUCCGCCACAUCUUGAAACGAGAACAGGAAGAUUUGUAGUGUGUGAACUUAUAACGUGCAAUGUUCUUUUGCCUUUAAUAUCGAAACUGUCAGAUCCAGAUUGGUUGAACAUGUUGAUUGUGGAUGUGUUUACAAGGUCCACAAAUCCAGAAACCAAACCGGCCGAGUCAGAGAAAAUGCCAUCUCCUACGCCUUUGGUUUUAAAUGACGAAAAUUCGCAGGAUGCCGAGGUUCCAUCUUCCUUACCCUUGAAGGUCAAGUCUGAUACUCCCACUACGGUCGAGACACCAACACCUGAGUUGACAAAUUUGGAUGUUCUUCACUCUGCAGAUCUUUACUGUCCACAGAACCACGAGGAUGAAGUUGCUGUCAGACAGUCGUUUCCUUUGGAUCACCCGGGUUUCAUUUCGAAGGAUUAUUUGCGAAAAUCCAAUCCAUUCUACCAAGAAACAGACUCUGAUUUGGAGUCUCCGCUGAACGAUUUCAAAAGGAGCUCUCUAGAAUCUUUGGUUUUGCUAGGCACAGAAGAAGAAUCAGCAGAGCCGGUUACAGAAUGUCCCACACUUGGAUUACUGGACCAAAAAGAAGAAUUCCGAGGCUUUUCCAAUGCGCCGAGGGUCGUGGUCUCGGACAUGCAACCCUCUGAUAUCCCUGAUAGGACGGAUGAACUAUCUUCAAGCUUUUGUGCUCUUCCAGAACUUUCCACGAGAACGGAAAUAAGUGGUUUGGAGACAUCAGUGGUGUUAAACGCCAACGGACUCGCUCUGUCGGAACCUCUUCAAGCCUCCUCACCUUCAACCGGAUCCAUACCGUUCUCUCCGUUCACGUUCGAAACCCUCAGUAGUCCUGAAGGCCCUGUUGUCAUUCAGAACCUUCGUAUCACAGGCACCAUCACAGCUAAGGAGCACAGAGGCACAGGCUCUCAUCCAUACACACUCUACACUGUGAAGUACGAAACGGCCGUGGACACGGAGAAUCCAGGCACGCUGCAGCCAAUGGCUUAUCACAUGGUCAAUCGGCGCUAUAGUGAAUUCCUAAACCUGCAAACCCGGUUGGAGGAAAAACCGGAAUUACGCAAGAUUCUCAAACAUGUCAAAGGACCUAAGAAAAUCUUUCCUGAGCUCCCAUUCGGAAACAUGGACAGUGACAGAGUUGAGGCCAGAAAAAGUUUACUGGAAACAUUCCUUAAGCAUCUGUGUGCAAUACCUGAAACUGCCAACUGUGAAGAAAUGCAAGAGUUUCUUGCCCUCAACACUGACGCGAGGAUCGCUUUUGUAAAGAAGCCGUUCAUCGUUUCACGAAUAGACAAGAUUGUGGUAAACGCUAUAGUUGAUACACUAAAGACAGCAUUCCCUCGCUCCGAGCCGCAAAGCCCCACAGAUGAAGUGGAUGCUGAGCCUGAUGGGAAAUUAUCUUCAGACAAGAAGAGCAAGUCCAGGAUGCGAUUCUCCAGUAAAAUCACUCCUGCUCUUAACGUGUCUGACGUGAAACCCAAAGUGCUUUACUGCUUUGAUGAAACCAGCACAGUUUUCAAUGGCCUCACCAUGGACAGUCUAGAGAGCUUUAUUUUGGAGCAGGAGCACCUUGUGAGCAAAGCACCACUCCGAGAUUCAGACGGAGAACGGGACGCCAGCCUCGGCACCAAAGGAGACACGGAGCUCUGCGCUUGCUCAAAAAGCAAGUUACAAAAUGUCAUUCAAAAUCAGGGGGAGACUGUGCUUGCUGACACGGCUCUGAAUGUCCUGUGUCUGCUGAUGAAGGAUCAGUGGAGUUGGCUUUGCACCGAAAAUAUCCAGAGGAGCAUCAGGUUGCUGUUUGGGACCCUGAUUGAGCGGUGGCUGGAGGUUGGAGUGGCUAAUCUGACGUGUAUGCAGUAUUGGGUGACUUAUUUGAGGGUCCUGCAGCAAGCUGUGUGGCCUGGGGGCAAUCUGCCUGCUCUUCCCCGGCCUCAGCGAACCCAGCAGCAGAAAGAAGACACCAAACAGCAGUCACUGCAGUGUUUAAUGAAUUUGCUUCCUGAACUUGUUUCAGAUAUGCUGGGCUCAGAGAGGUACAAGCAUUCCUGGCAGGUCGUUCUCGACUCUCUUCAAGAUUCUACAAUAAACCGGCACCUGGUUUACUGCGUGUGGGAUGUGCUGUUUGAGUUCCUAAUCCCCGAACUGUUCGAUGAUGACUUUCAAAAGAUGCUGCUCCAGAGUCUUUCUAAAAACGCGGAGAAACUACCACCAUAGGAACUCCUACAAUCACCAACUUCUCUUGUCCGACUAAGUCCGGUCAGUCAGGGAGGUUCAGUCAUGGAAGAGGUAAAAUGUAAUGUGUGCAUGGUUUGGUCUGACUCUAAUUUAGCCCUUACGUGUCUGGGUCUCGCACACAAUAUGUGCAUCUGGCCUCGCUUUGAUUACUGGCCACCUGUUUUGCAUUUUAGCAGACCUUGACUGAUCUCCAAAACACCCCUGGACCGGAUUUGAAUUAGUGGAGAGCUCUCAUCUGAAGCUCUUAUCCACCCUCUUCCAGCUUGAACUUUGGGCAAACCUUUCACAGAUGGACUCGUAUUAAAGUUCAUAACACCAGGACAGAUUAAACUUAACUUGGCCCUGCUUUAGAGUUUUUUUCCCCCAGUCACUUUAUGUUUACUUGCAACUUUUUUCGCCCUGCUCUUUGCCAUGGGCACUGUGCUGUGACACAUUUGUCUCUCAUUUGCUUAAGAUCCCAACCUCCAGCUUCCUGUUGUAUAUUCCUCCACUUUAUUUAGGUUGGAGGGCUUUUCCAUGCAAGUUGGCAUGAGAUUCAUGCUGAAAAUGUACAUGGUUCAGGGGAACAACUUUAACAACUUAAAUCUUGUCUGUUCACAGAGAGGGACUUGGUAAUACUGCGUUUUUAUGGUUAGCCUUAAGGAAAAUGUAAACAGAAUAUCAUUAGAAUAAUGCAGAAAAGAAUGCAGAGUGGUCUUCUUUCCAUUCUAGUUCAAUGUUUAGGUCAUUGUGUAUAUGAUGAAUCAAUUUUUCGGAUAUAAAUACUGAGAUAUUUUUCCCCCUCACACUUGUGCAAUUUGAUGAAUAUUAUGUCUAAAACUGUAAAAGGAGUUAUCAGCCUCAACAUGUUUGUAUACCUAAUUUAUCUGCUUAAAGAUUUAAAAACAGAAAAGAAUAAGAAAUGGCACUAAAGCUUGCAUCAUUCUUACAUGGUCAAUAACUUUCCUGAGUGCUUGAUGUUUUGAAAAAAGGUUUCCCAUAUUUAAUUCUGCAUCAUGGUUUCCCUUCAGUAUAAUGAACCUAGUGAUCCUUGUGAAGUGUUUAUUAUAACAAUCCAGUAAAUGAUUCCCUGCUGUCCGUUACUGUGUGAAAUGUAAUAUGUCUGAUGCACUAUUUCUAAAUGUUACAGUGAAGAAAUUGUAUUGUAAGUUAAGCUGUGAUUAAAAUAAAUAUGUAAAAAGAA